CAGGCAGGGCAGAGCAAUGUUUUCAUUCCUCCUGACGACCUGCGCUAUUCUCUAUGGCGCCCGUGAUGUCGCUGAUUAAGGAGGGGACAUCAUAGCAUCGUGUUUUUAUUCGCUUCAGUCACAAGUAUCCUCUGCGUUUUGCUACCCCUGGUUUGAAUUUAAUUAUACAUUUAUUGCUGAAUCCGCCAUGACCGUGGAGCAGAAUGUCCUUCAGCAGCAUUCUCAGAAGCACCAGCAGACGCUACUAAACCAGUUGAGGGAGGUCACGGGCACCACAGAUGUUCAGCUGCUACAGCAGGCCCUGCAGGUAAGCAAUGGAGACCUGGCUGAGGCUGUGGCCUUUCUGACGGAGAAGAACGCCAAGGUUCCUCAGCAGGAUGAGACCACCUACUACCAGACGUCGCAGGUGGCCAGCGACAGAUACAUCAGCGUGGGCAGCCAGGCAGACACAAAUGUGAUUGACCUGACUGGGGAUGAUAAAGAUGACCUGCAGAGGGCCAUCGCCCUCAGCCUGGAGGAGUCCAGCCGGGCUUUCAGGGAGACGGGCAUCACCGAUGAGGAGCAGGCCAUCAGCAGAGUUUUGGAGGCCAGCAUUGCGGAGAACAAGGCGAGUCUGAAGCGAACCCACACCGAAGUGUGGAGCGAUUCCCCCAACCCGUACGACAGGAAGAGGGUGGACACCUGCUCCGUGGGGCUGAAGAAUGUCGGCAAUACCUGCUGGUUCAGUGCUGUCAUUCAGUCUCUGUUCAACCUGCUGGAGUUCCAGAGGCUGGUGCUCAACUACUCUCCCCCAGCACAAGUCCACGAUCUGCCCCGCACCCAAAAGGAGCACAGGAACCUGCCCUUCAUGCAGGAGCUGAGGAACCUCUUCUCCCUCAUGGUGGGCUCCAAGAGGAAAUAUGUGGAUCCGUCACGAGCUGUGGAAAUCCUCAAAGACGCCUUCAAGUCCAGUGAGGCGCAGCAGCAGGAUGUGAGCGAGUUCACCCACAAGCUGCUGGACUGGCUGGAGGACGCCUUCCAGAUGAAGGCAGAAGAAGACAGGGAGGGUGAGAAGCCCAAAAACCCCAUGGUGGAGCUUUUCUACGGUCGUUUCCUUGCUGUGGGUGUCCUGGAAGGAAAAAAGUUUGAAAACACAGAGAUGUUUGGGCAGUACCCGCUGCAGGUGAACGGCUUCAAGGAUCUGCACGAGUGUCUGGAGGCCGCGAUGAUCGAGGGCGAGAUCGAGUCCCUGCACUCUGCAGAGAACUCAGCCAGAUCUGGACAAGAGCACUGGUUCACAGAGCUCCCUCCCGUGUUGACCUUUGAACUGUCAAGGUUUGAGUUCAACCAAGCUCUGGGACGACCUGAGAAGAUCCACAACAAGCUGGAGUUCCCCUCCAUGCUCUACAUGGACAGGUACAUGGACAGGAACAGGGAGACAACCAGGAUCAAGAGGGAGGAGAUCAGGAGGCUGAAAGAGCAUCUGACUCUUCUGCAACAGCGGCUGGAGAGGUAUCUGAGUUAUGGCUCAGGCCCCAAGAGGUUUCCUCUGGCAGAUGUCCUCCAGUAUGCCAUGGAGUUUGCCUCCAGUAAGCCUGUGUGCACCUCCCCAGUGGAAGACAUUGACACAUCAGCUCCCCCUGGUGGUACAACAGGACAACAGCUGCCCUCACAAAGCACAACCGAGCAGGACUCCUUGCCGGCUGCAGAGAGCUCAGGCCCUGCCUCAGCUCCCACCACAGCUCCCACUGCAGCCCAGCAGCACAGGAUACCCAUCCAUAAGCCCUUUACCCAGUCCCGGUUACCCCCCGACCUCCCCAUGCACCCUGCUCCAAGGCACAUCUCGGAUGAAGAGCUGAGGGUGCUCGAGGGCUGCUUGCACCGUUGGAGGAGUGAAGUGGAGAAUGACACUCGUGAUCUGCAGGGCAGCAUAAACAGAAUCCACAGAACUGUUGAGCUAAUGUACUCUGACAAAUCAAUGAUGCAGGUUCCAUACCGGCUCCAUGCAGUGCUUGUCCAUGAAGGCCAGGCCAAUGCAGGCCACUACUGGGCUUACAUCUACGACCCCCAUCAGCGCUGCUGGAUGAAGUACAACGACAUCUCCGUCACCAAGUCUUCCUGGGAGGAGCUGGUCAGGGACUCGUUUGGAGGCUACCGCAACGCCAGUGCCUACUGUCUGAUGUACAUCAACGACAAGAAGCCCUUCCUCAUAGAAGAGGAGUUUGAUAAAGAAACGGGACAGAUCCUCAGCGGCAUGGACAAGCUGCCUCCUGACCUGAAGCAGUAUGUGAAGGGGGACAACGAGAUGUUUGAGAAGGAGAUCCUGGAGUGGGACACCCUGCAGGCCCGCAAGGCCCAGCAGGAGAAGCUGGCCCUAGCCGCCGCCGCCGCCGCAGCAGCAGCAGCAGCUUCCAGCACCUCCUCCCCUCAGCCCAUGAGUAUCGAGUCCAGCCCUCCAGACAACUCAGGUCAGGGUCAUGAGUCUCAACAGACACAGCAGACGCCCCAGCAGGACCCAGAGUACAUGGAGCAGCCGUCCCCCACCAACGACUCCAAGCAGCUGCAGGAGGACACCGAGAGGGCCAUCUCCAGGGCCGCGUCCGAGCAGGAGGCCAGGAGCCCCGAAGCUUUGUUAAACGCUUCUUCCCCCCCUCCCUCCUCUCCUCAGCCUGAUGCCCAUAUGAGCCUCCCCUCCUCCCCCCCUUCUGACCUGGUCACGGAGGAGGAAUCCCCCUGCCAGCGCACGGUAGAGGUGGCCAUUCCUAAUGUGGGGACCUUUGUCAUUGAGACAGAGGAGGGGGGGUACGAUGACGAGGCGAUGAUGACCCCCAAGAUGCAGGGUAUAAUUAUGGCCAUUGGCAAAUCCAGCAGCGUGUUUGAAGAGAGUGGCCCUGAGGCGGCCUUUUUUAAGGCCAUAAAGCUGGAGUAUGCUCGUCUCCUGAGAUUCGCCCAGGAGGACACCCCCCCUGAGAACGACUACCGUAUACAGCACAUCAUCGUCUACUUCAUCCAGAACCAGGCGCCAAAGAAGAUUCUGGAGAGGACUCUGCUCACACAGUUUGCUGACAGGAACCUGGCCUUCGAUGAGAGAUGUAAGAGCAUAAUGAAUGUGGCACGUGCAAAACUGGACCUCAUUAAGCCCGAGGAGGUCAACAUGGAUGAAUAUGAGAUGUGGCAUCAGGCCUACCGGAAUUUCCGUGAGACAACCAUCUCCAUGAUGACUGGCUUGGAGCUCUUUCAGAAGACAAAUUACAUAGACGCUCUGAUGUAUCUGAUUUACGCGUACCAGUACAACAAGGAGCUUCUGUCUAAAGGGCUUUACAGAGGGCACGACGAAGAGCUCCUGGGUCACUACCGUCGCCAGUGUUUGCUGAAACUGAACGAGCAGGCGGCGGCCAUGUUUGAGUCUGGAGAAGAGGCAGAGGUGAACACGGGUCUGGGCAUCAUGAACGAGCUGGUGGUGCCCUGCAUCCCUCUGCUGCUCAUCCACGACACGGAGAGGGACCUGCUGGCCGUGGAGGACAUGAGGAACCGCUGGUGCUCCUACCUGGGCCAGGAGAUGGAGUCCAACCUCCAGGAACGCUUGACCGACUUCCUCCCCAAGUUGCUGGACUGUUCCACGGAGAUCAAAAGCUUCCACGACCCCCCCAAGCUGCCCAGCUUCUCCACCCUGGAGCUGAGUGAGCGCUUCAGCCGCGUCAUGGCCGCCAUGGGCCGAGUGCCCACCGAGGGGAGAUGAGCGCGGGGGGGCCUGGCCGGACACCUCCCUCGUCACAGGCACACAUCCAUGGACCUCUCUUAACCCAUGCCUUCCUUCUAAAGCCAGGGGUCUCUCGCUUCUAGCUCUUAUUCCUCUGUUACUCUUUUGCUGCUACAGGUUUUAUCAUUAUAAAUAUGAUUUCCUCUUUAUUUUAAGCAAAACACACAGGAAGGAGGAUGGACUGUUGAAGAAAGGAGAUGGAGGAACAGUGGCAGUGCAGUGGUUGAAAGCCAAGCAAAUUGUGCUUCAGCUUUGAGAAAAACAAACGUAAACAAGGGUUUUUCAUAGUUAUUAUUGUUGUUGUUGCAGUUUGAUUCCAGCUUUCCCCACCGCACUCACAGCCCUUUCUAAAGCCCCCUCCUCUCCCCACUGCUCUGCCUCCAGUUUGGUACAGUAUUAACACGUUUUGUUUUACUUUUCUAAGGAAGUAAGGAAGAGAGCCUUCAGAUUUAUCAGCGGCUCAGGGGACCUCCCAGGGGUCUCAUGUGUUUGUGGACUGAGCCAGAAUGAGAUGUUUUCAGUGCUGUGGUAGACAGCCAUGGACAUCCUGUGGCUUGUAAAUCGAGAGAAUAAAGUUUUAUUUAUGGCCCUUUUAGGCCAAAUAAACUAAUGUUUUUGCCUGAU